AGUAAUGUUUUGUUUUACACUGCGGUUUUGUUUACAAACAACUGGUUAAAUAACUUAUGUUUUUUCCAAAAAUAUUAAAAAUGAGUAAAGCCAACAUUGAUUUGUCCAAAUUCAAAAUGCAAACAAGAAAGAAACUUUCCAAACACAUAUCUGCUGCUGAACAAAUUCCAGAAACUACAAAAGAAAAACAAGAAACUCAAGAAGUAAAACAAGAUAGUGAAUCACCAAUUAAAGUUGAAAUAAAACAAGAACCACAUGAAAACCCUAAGCCCACAUCAUCAAAACUAAAACGUGAACACAUCAAAAUUAAAUAUGAGACUCAGGAUGACAAUAAACCAUAUAAAUGGGAAACAGUUUUGGAAAAUGUGAGGGAAAUGCGAAAAAAUUGUGAUGCACCUGUUGACACAAUGGGCUGUGAUAGAUGUGUUGAUGAGAAAGCCUCACCAGAGGUGAAGAGGUACCAGGCAUUAUUGGCUUUGAUGUUGAGUAGUCAAACUAAAGAUGAGGUCACAUAUAAUGCCAUGUUAAGAUUGAGGGAACAUGGAUGUACUGUUGACAACAUUUUAGAGACCACUGAUGAAGAAUUGGGAAAACUCAUUUAUCCUGUUGGAUUUUGGAAAAGCAAAGUGAAGUACAUAAAGAAGACAACAGAAAUUUUAAAGAAAGAAUAUAAUGGAGAUAUUCCUUCAACUGUUGAGGAUUUAUGUAAAUUGUCUGGAGUUGGACCAAAAAUGGCCAAUUUAUGCAUGAAAACUGCUUGGGGGGAAAUUUCAGGCAUCGGAGUUGACACACAUGUUCAUAGAAUUUCCAAUAGAUUGGGUUGGGUGAACACCAAAACACCAGGGGAAACACAGAAAGCUUUGGAGUGUUGGUUACCAUUUGAAUUUUGGAGUGAAGUAAAUCACUUACUCGUUGGGUUUGGACAGCAGGUUUGUCAACCUGUUAGGCCACAAUGUGCCACUUGUUUAAAUCAUGAUCUUUGUCCAUAUGGAAUAGACUAUAUCAAAAGAGAAUUGGGAUCUAAAAAAGUUAAGAAGAUUAAGUAGUUGUGUUUAUUUUGCGUUUAUAACAAAUUUUUAUUUAAUAAAAUAUUUGUUAUAA